ACAGAGCCAAUUACAAUCCCUCGCCACUCCUUCAAGCUCCCUGCACCUUCUCCACCUACUGGACUGUUUUCCUUACCUGCGAAUUCUCAAACCUUAAACCACACCUUCCACUCAAUGACUUACCUAUUCCACCGCACCCGCGCAUGCUCCCACGCACCACCCACGCCCACGUUGAUGCGGUUCUUCGUGGUUCUGGCGGUCGCGGGGGCGGUGGCAGCAUACGGCCCACCCCCCAGUGGUGGUGGUGGAGGUUGUGGCGGCGGUGGUGGUGGUGGUUGUGGGACCCCCUCCGGUUCAAGCCAAGUAGUCACCUCACACGUGUCCCCUUGCCCAGGUGGAAGCUGUGGGGGGACACCCGGGGGUUCAGGCCAAGUGAUUACCCAUGUGUCCCCUUGCCCCGGUGGAAGCUGUGGGGGGACACCCGGGGGUUCAGGCCAAGUGAUUACCCAUGUGUCCCCUUGCCCUGGUGGUAACUGCGGAGGUAGCUCCGGCUCCGGUGGGUCAUCGUCCGGCGACUACUGGUGGCAGGGGCAGGACAACCCCUUCGCCUCGCCGGGCACACAGCCGUCGUCGGGCAGCCACUCCUGCAGCGGCUCCGGCUGUGGCUCCGGCAGUGCCCCGUGUUCAGGAGUCGGAUGUCCCUCACCCGUCCAACCCGCCCCCGGACCCGCCCCUGGUAUAUCCACUCGCCCCAUUCCUCGCCCCUCUCCCGGCACCGCUCCGCUUCCCUCCCCUGGCAACAUCCAGAACCUGCUGUUGCCCCCAAUGGGCAUCUGUCCCGCCAAGUUCGUCUGUGUACACUGGCAGCUGUGUCGCGACGGGUAUGUCAUCAACGACGGCACUGGAAACAUCGACAAGCAGAAGAAGAUAAUCCCGCCGCGCAUCGCCAACGCCUACACCAGCUGCGGCGGCGACAUGAUCUGCUGCGGCAUCCCCGAACAUUCCUCCUUCCCCGGCUCUGGUGGCACCCCCGUCCUGCCGCCCCAGCCAGGAACGUCAUUUGUUCUGCCCUCCUCGCCCGGACGCCCGCUCAGCCCCGUGCUCCCAGACACCCCAGUAAGCCCUCCCAAAUUCUCUGGUCCUGCCACUGGGACGCCACUGAGGCCCAUUCCCGCCGCCACACCGUCAACGUCGUACACUCAGCCAGGCACCCCCGCACAGCCACCCACGCUCGUCAGUCCACCAAAGUUCUCUGGCCCCGGGACCCCUGCUAGUCCCCCCAGGCCAGUCAGUCCACCAAUAUUCUCUGGUUCGGGCACCCCCAUCAGCCCAGCAGGGCCUGUCAGUCCCCCCAGGCCAGUCAGUCCACCAAAAUUCUCUGGUUCGGGCACCCCCGUCAGCCCAGCAGGGCCUGGCAGUCCCCCCAGGCCAGUCAGUCCACCAAAAUUCUCUGGUUCGGGCACCCCCGUCAGCCCAGUCAGACCCGUGAGCCCAGGAAGUCCCGUCAGCCCACCCCAGUUCUCCGGCUCCGCCACGCCCAUACGCCCUGCCCCCCAGCCGUCAGUUGCAUCCCCCAGCUACGGGUAUCCAGGCCCCGAGUCACGUCAACCAAGCCCUUUGCCCUCCACCGUCAACCAGGCUCGUCCAGUAGCCCCGUCACAGCCCUUGCGUCCCGUCAGUAGCCCUGUGGGUCUAUCCAGCCCUCCCAGCGGCCAGCCGGGGGCUAUGGGUGGAAUGAUGGGUAUGGGAAUGAUGGGCAUGAUGCCUCCGUCAGGUUCCUGCAGCGCUGGCACGUACUGUGUCCAGCAGACUCAAUGUAACCCCUACAACGGCUUCAUCAUCAGGGCCAACACACCGCUGAUGGCGGUGUGGCCAGAUUCUCCCACCGUCCCUCUACUGCCAUGCUUCGUCCCCGAUGGCUCCGUCACGGACGGCGUGUGCUGCCAGGAGGCUCAUCCCAACGCAGGAGGGGUUGACUAGACCACCACCAUCAGCAUAACCACCAUCACCGCCACGCCAUCAGCACGGAGCGCCGCCGCCACUGUCGCAAACACCAUAAACAACGAAACAAAGAAGCCAGGCAGAGCAUCAGCACAUCGCCUCUCUCAGCACCCCACCUUAACACAUCCUUGAGGGCACAAUGCGAGUGUCCUGAUAUGUGAGCCACACCAUACAGCAUCAAGGAACACCGUACACUGAGCCAUGCUAGAUUUACGCUACAUUACAUACUUAAUACAGGACGCUAUUCUAAGCUACAAACUUCAUUAUUACGCAGUGUACAUUAUCUUUCUGUACGAAACUUAUGACUGAUGUAAACCCAUGUCUUUCUACAACGUCUGUAUUUUACUAGAAAGCCUAUGAGCACACACACACACACACACACACACACACACACACACACACACCUCACUUCCUGUAUAUCACAACGAGGUAAGCAAACACACACAUACACACACACCCACACGCACACACACACACGCACACACACACACACACACACACACACACACACACGGUGGAGGUGACCUAAAAUACACACAAGGGCAUUUCAGAAGAGGUAAUCCCAACAGUCGCCUGCCUAGUCCUCAGCCGCUUCCGUCCAGCCCUGUUCCAUCGUCCCCCUCCCGAACCCGCUGUAAGCAGACACACUCGUUGAUAAGAGAUGGAAAAUCGGCCUAAAAGUGAUACAUAAAGCCGUUGUCCAUCUGCACUUAUCACGAAGCUUCCAUAUUUUUGUUUAGCAUCAGCCUACUCGUUAGGUUCUUGCUCCCCAUCGCCUCUGUAGCUCUGAGUAAUAAACGAAUCAAAGAGCUUAA